UAUUGAGAAAGGCGUGGUGGAUAUGAAGAAGCAACGUCGUCGUUUUUUUCUUGAAACGAGUAAUUUCAGGGUACUCACCCACAUGAGGGCGUCACUGUGAAAGUGCCAUUUCGCUCGUCUCUCUCUCCGUCUCUGUGUUCGAUCGGCGACAUCACAGCCGUCCAUCAAUGUUCAACAACAGUAUAUCGAUUUCGGUCUCCGAUGAAGAUUCCGACGAUCUCGCCGGAAAGAUGAGAGUCCGAGUCCGUAGAAAGCGCAAGAAAUCGGUCUUCCGAGGCAAGAACGAGUUGGCUCAGCGAUUACUCAGGAAGCUAUUGAGAUGGUGGCCCGUCUUGCUCUUCCUUCCCGCCGCUGGACUCCUCAUGUUCGAGGCCUCCAGAAUUGGCCGAAAACCGAGUCCAGUGCUCGUCUCGAAACUCGCUUCUCAGAAGGAACCAAAACCUGUUGUGGAAAAGAAAUCGGAAGCCAACUUGAAUCGCCUCGAUCCGACUACUCGGGUGAUCGGUGGCGUCAGACAACGUUGCUUGAAGCUCCUACCUCCCGAAGAACUUGAGCACUUGGAUAUUCCCAUGGAUAAACAACCUGUUAAUCCUAUUAAAAAAGUGGUAUACAUAUCAGCAAAUGAUACACCUUAUGUAGAAGGGAACAUUAUCCUUUUUCAACAGCAUACGGAAGCUACAAGAUUUAAUUUAUUUACAGGAAACCAAACUCUAGAGCAAAGAGAGAAAAGUUAUAAGGUGGAUGAAACAGCUAUUGUACACUGUGGUUUCUACAGUGAGAAUGGAGGGUUCAAAAUUUCUGAUGAGGACAAAAAUUACCUGCAAACUUGUAAAGUUGCAGUCUCUACUUGUGCAUUUGGUGGUGGUGACGAUUUGUAUCAACCAAUUGGAAUGUCAGAGGCAUCACUUAGAAAGGUUUGCUACGUGGCAUUUUGGGAUGAAAUCACUCUAGCUGCACAAGAGGCAGAGGGACAUAGAAUUGGUGAGAACCAAUUUAUUGGGAAAUGGCGCAUUGUUAUUGUUAAGAAUCUCCCUUUCAGAGACCAAAGGUUGAAUGGUAAAAUUCCUAAGAUGCUGAGUCAUCGCCUGUUUCCUCAUGCGAGAUAUUCUAUUUGGGUAGACUCAAAGUCCCAAUUCAGAAGGGACCCUUUGGGUGUUUUAGAAACCCUUCUUUGGCGUUCAAAUUCUGUACUUGCAAUUUCGGAACAUGGAGCUAGGAGUAGUGUGUAUGAUGAGGCAAAGGCUGUUGUCAAAAAAAACAAAGCCACCCCAGAAGAAGUUGAGGUGCAGUUGAGUCAGUAUCGCCAUGAUGGCCUUCCUGAGGACAAAAGGUUCAAUGGAAAGAAAGCUCUAUCUGAAGCUUCUGUAAUCGUGAGGGAGCAUACACCAUUGACCAAUUUGUUCAUGUGCCUUUGGUUCAAUGAAGUGGUUCGUUUCACUUCUCGGGAUCAGCUGAGCUUUCCGUACGUUCUCUGGCGAUUGGGAGUGUUGAAGAACAUCAACAUGUUCCCUGUUUGCACCCGCAAGGAUCUUGUUAAUAGCAUGGGCCAUAUACGCAAAGCUAAGCCUCUAACAAGCUGACUCUAGGUGUUCGAUUGCUGUCUACUUCUGUGAGUGUGAAAAAUGUGUCUUAGAGGUGAAAGAGACUGCAAUCGUUCCUCAAUUUAUUUGGAAGUGCUGUGAACUUCCUUCCUCGUGUCAUUUACUAUUGAAGGGAGAAUUGUUUCAGUCCUCAAAAUUUUAUUAUUACAUGACACAGUAGUUUGUAAGAUUUGUUAAUUUGUAAAGUAAUUUUCAAUUCAAAAUGAAACGCAAACUUGUCUCCUUAUUCAAGCCAUAUAAAAUCUUGGUAAUAUGAACAUAUUUGCAAA